AUGGAUAAUGAUCCAUCAAAUAUAAUCUCCACUCAACAAACAAAUAUUGUUAAUAUUCUUAAACACCAAACAACAUUUAUUAAAUAUAAACCAAAUGCUCGUACAUAUUCACGUUUAUAUUAUUUGGUUUUAUCGGAAGAUGCUAUACAUUAUUUUGGUUCAAAACAUAAAUCAAAAAGUCAAGCAUGUAUGAUUAAAGAUAUUGAUCAAAUUCGUCCAGGCUUUACAACAGCUGUUUGGAGAAAAUGCUUAGAUAAAAGAAAAAUUACCAAUGAUAAAGCUAAUCUAGCUUUUUCAAUUCUUUAUAAUAAUAAUCGUCAAUCACUUGAUUUACUUGCUGAAAGUGAAGAUAUUCGUUCACAAUGGAUACAAGGUUUAGAAUUUUUAAUAACUCGUUAUCAAUCACAUAUGCGUACGCACCGUGAAAUAACUGAUAAAUGGAUAUGGCACUUAUUUUUACAAGCUGAUUCUGAUCAAUCAGGACAGCUAAGUCGUAAUGAAAUUCAACGUCUUUUAUAUACACUUAAUAUUCAAUUAAAUGAUAAUGAAAUUGAUUUGUAUUUUGAUCAAGCUAAUAUACGUGCAGGAAAUAAUCAACAAUUAACACAUUUAGACAAAGAUGAAUUUUUAGUCUUUUACAAAUAUGUCUCACAACGACCAGAAUUGUUAAAAAUUAUUUGUCAAUUUAAUGAUAGUAGUAAUGAAGAAAUGGCAGGAACUUUAUCUGAAUAUACUGUAAUCCAUAAAUUACCUCACGUAAUAUUUAAUCAUAAUACACAUAAUCAUUCUCAUUCAUUAAAUCUUCGAAAAUCAAAAAAUUCUAAAAAUAAAAAUCAUACAUCGAGUUUUCGUCGACGUUCAGCAUCCAUAACACCUGAAAGUUCAACAUCAUCACAAGGAGCUGGAAGAAAGAAUUUUUUAACCAUUGAACAAUUAAAAGAUUUUCUACAAAAAGAAGAACAUAUGAAUGCUUUAUCAAUUGAAGAUUGUUCAAGAUUAAUUGUUCGAUUUGAACCAUCUAUUGAAGGACGUCAAUGUGAAGAAAUAGGUGUUGAUGGUUUUCGUUUACUUUUACUUCAUGAUGAAUUCUGUAUUAUGAAUCCGGAUAAAAUUCAUCGUAUAUAUCAUGAUAUGACACGACCAAUUACUGAUUAUUUUAUUGCAACAUCACAUAAUACUUAUAUUCAAGAUAAUCAAGUUUAUGGUGAUUGUACGGCUGAAACUUAUAUACAUGCAUUAAGAACUGGUUGUCGAGCAGUUGAAAUCGAUUGUUAUGAUGGUGAUAAUAUGGAACCGAUUGUUUAUCAUGGAAAAACAUUAACUACAUCAAUUAAACUUCAAGAAAUUUUAAUUGCUAUUGAAACACAAGCAUUUACUGUUUCACCUUAUCCAUUAUUUUUAAAUAUUGAAAAUCAUUGUUCAUAUCAACAGCAAGGUGUUAUAGCACGUCUUUUAAAAGACAUUUUUAAAAAUCAUUUAUUAUCUAAACCAUUGAUAGAAGAUUUUCAAACAUUACCAUCACCUGAACAAUUAAAAUAUAAAGUUAUAAUUAGAAGUCGUUGCCAUUCCAAAGGCACAACAGCAACUAAUACAAAAUUGAAUCGAAUCAAUAAUGAAAUAGAAUCAAAUAUUAAUGAUUAUCAUCCUGAUUUAGCUAGUUUAUUAAUUUAUUGUCAAAACGUUUCAUUUACUAAUAUAUCGCAUACACUAUCUACUCAAUCAACAGCUGAUGAUUUAAUUGCUACAGAAUCACCACAUCAUCUCGAUCUUAUUCAAUUAACUCAACAUCAUUUAGUACGUGUUUAUCCGGGAACAGUGCGACAGAAUUCAAGUAAUAUACAUCCAUUAUUUUAUUGGACUUAUGGAAUUCAAAUGGUUGCCCUUAAUUAUCAAGCAAACGAUGAAUCGAUGUGUCUUCAACAUGGAUUUUUUAGUGAUAAUGGUGGAUGUGGUUAUCUUUUAAAACCAUCAUGUUUAUUAGGAAAUGGCUCAUCGUAUGAUCCAAAAGAAAAAUUUUAUGAAAAAGGAAAACGUUUACAAAUUCAUCUUAUUAGUGGACAACAUUUACCAAAAGAAAAUAAUUCAAUUGAUGAUCCUGAUAUAUCGGAUCCAUAUGUCAAAGUUCGUACAUAUGGUAUCGAAUGUGAUUAUACAGAACAUCGUACACCAUCAAUACGUAACAAUGGCUUAAAUCCAAUAUGGGAUUAUAAAAUAACAGCAGAUAUUUAUUGUCCAGAAUUAUGUCUUGUUAUUUUUCAAGUACGUGAUAAUGAUCGAUAUGGUCGUUCAUCAUUUAUUGGACAAGCUUGUAUACCAUUUAAUGCACUUCAAUUAGGUUAUAGACAUAUUAAAUUAAAAGCAAAAAAUGGAGAUUAUAUUCAUGGAACAAUAUUUGUACAUGUUAAAAUUGAUGAUUUCUGA